AUGCUUGAUUUAAUUCUAAAGGAAAACAUUCUAAAACAUUCUAAAGAAAAACCCCCGCGGUGUGUGGCCUACUGCGGCUGGUACGGCGUAGUGACCUUCUUUGAGAGCAUGAAAGAUGCCGUGAGCGAAUCUGAUAGCCAUCUGGUUUUCCAGCUCAUCCUGCUCCACUCCACGGCCUUGAUAAAAACCGAGAAGCCGCCGCCGCGGAUCACAUCCUUGAAAACACGGCCAUGCUCAGCACUACCAGGGCACGACGCCACCGUAUGCUCCACCGUGUCCUUUGGUAAUAGCCUACACUAUAUCUAA